AUGGCGAUGAGCGAGGUUGGUCCGCACGAAAACAUAGGAGCGCAACCGCUUCAACCUGGCCUCGGGCCGUUCCUCCCGGAACCAACCAAAGCCGGAACACCCCCGCAAGGCAAAUUUGGAUACAAAGAAGGUCGCAAGAAGUGCGAAUCAUCUGCAGGGUACGAGUGGGCCGACUCGAAAAACUCCCGAGGUCUAGAAAGGAAAGCACAUCGGAGAAUAAAACGAUCUGCAGAAGCGAGAGCGAGAUCGUGUGUGAUUGAAACUGUACACCGCCAAAAUAGCCCGUACUAUCUCCUUGCUUUCCGUAACCAUUCUUCUUGCUUAGUUCUCCAAGGUUUUCCUCCACCUGCACCCAACGACAAGCAGUGUCUGCAUGCGAAACAAUCUACGUCGACGAUUAAGCGAAACCUUUCGACGAGGGAUAUAAAUGCAAACCUUUUCGACGCGCAUCCCCUUGUCGGCCCUCGCCUGUGUGGCCUUGAAAGGAAAGUAUACUGGAAAAAAACACAUUCUAUGGAAGCGAAGGUGCUAUCGUGCGUGUAUGCCGGUGCUGCCCCUUUGGCUUUGGCAACCUGCGUCUGCCGGCACCAUUCACAUACGGAACAGUCUGCGUCGACGAUCACCAAAGUACCCUUUCAACAAUCGACAAACAUGCAAACCUAUCCUGUGCGCAUCUCUUUACCAACCCUCGCUGAUAGCUCCACCAUCUGA